CAUAUAUAGCGGUGGAGCAGCCGCCAAACGCGGCUUAGUAGAAAAACGUGCUCCAAGCGGGCGAAACCGAACCCCGAGAGCCAAGAGCAGCUAGCGAGAAUCCACCCCCAAGAGCCGCAGAAUAAAAAGCAACCCUUUCUGUGUUUGUCAACCGUUAAGAGACCAAGUGUGACCGAGAGUCGUGUGCGUGUCAGUAGUGAGUGAAGCCGAAAGGAAAGCGAGGCCGCAGAUUCGUGGUGAAACUUCUGGAAAACUCGAACCGAACGUCACCCCCGAAGGACCGGAGGCGCUGUUAUCUCGAGCACAAUGCGACAAAUAUCGGUGCUGCUAGUGGUCGCCUUGACCGUGACCACCACCUUUGCAUAUCCAGCGAGCUAUGAGAAGGACAAGGAGUCGGAUACGUCGGAAGAUGCCGAGUUCAUCGUGGUUCCGCUGUCGGCCCAGCGGCCAACCUACUACAAUCGCUAUCCGUCCUCGUUCGAAGGCUUCGAUGGUGUGAUCGAUACCGGAGACUUUGCCCCGGUACCGGCCCGUCCCGUUUACUUCCCUUCGUACAAUCCCUUCUCGUGGCACCUUUCUGGAUAUCUUGAUGAUAUCCUGAAACGCAUGCGCGAUCGUUUCGCUGGCUCGUGGAAUCCCUUCUACAGUGGCAUCCCGUCGACCGUCGACUUUGUGCCUUCGGGGCCCGGUAUCUGGCCUUCGGAGAUUCCGGAUGAUUCUUCAUCCGAGGACGGAACCAACACCAACUCCACUUCAACUGUUAAGGUGAUCGACGGCCACAAGGUUGUGAUCAACGAUACCUACUACACCAAGAAGACUGAGUACGGUACGUCGAUCUUCAAGGUGCGCGUCAUCGACGUGAAGCCAGCCUCCGGUGAAGGUGACGCCGAAGAGACGCCGGGUGCUCCGAAACCAGAGCAACCGACCGAAGAGGUCGAGACGGGAAAUCGAAACGGUGAGGACGACGAGACGGAAUCGAAGAAACCGGAAUCGACGACCGUCGAUCCGACGACGCGCGAUACGGAGCUGGAAUCGAGCGAUGAAGGUGGCGAAACGUCAGCCGAUGACAAUCUGAACACGAUCGACUCCGGCUCGGAUGAUGGUGAUAUCGAUGGACCGAAGGCGAAGGAAGCGGCACCGGAGGAGAGCGACAAGACGGAGUCCUCCGAACAGCAGUGGGCAGGAUUGGAGUCAUUUGAGGCAGGACCAGCAAACCCUCCGAUGGAUCGUCUAAACGACUCCCCCGAGCUGGCACUACAACGCAAUCGUGCCAACAGUGAGCUACUCGACUCGAGCUCCGAAGAAGAAGACGCCACGGAUAGUGACACGGUGAAGGCAGCGCGUGAACCACUGUCCGACGAAUGGCCACAGGAAGAUGACCGUAAACGGAUCAUCGUAUCGGUGAACCGAUUCGACAAUCGAUUCGCUGCCAAUCAGCAAACCCAGGACACCGGGGCCGGAGCACAGGAGCAGUUCGAUCUUUCGAACGAUAUCGCCAUCAACUAUCGGCUGGCGGCGGAUAAAACGGUAACCAUCAACCCGAACGCGAUCACCUUCAACCCGAUGAGCCCACCGCCCGUGAUUGUGCAGCGAGAUCCACUCCCGUCGUCGGCCGGUGAAGGCGCCGUCCCUGGCUUCCCGCCUCAAGCUGGUGGAGGCCGUCCACCAUCGAUGGGAUUUCCACCAACCGGGCAAGCUGGCUUUCCAGCGAUGGUUCCCUUUCCCGGUUUCCCUGGAGCCUUCCCGGGUGGUGGCCAAUUUCCUGUGCAACCAUUCCCACCGCAGACACCCUUGUUCGGGUUUCCGGCUCUCGGUGGUCCGGGUAUAAGGCCCAACUUUGGCGUUCCGGCAAAUCCCCAGGUGCCUCCGUUCUUCUUUGGCAACGGACCGUUCGGUCGUCCGUGAAAAGUUGGACCUGGACCAGGGACGGCGUAGCUUCUAAGAAACGUUUAUUUAUUUAUUGAACUAAAUUAUUUGAGGGCCAGCGUAGCAGCUAGACUUAGGAAACGGGGAAGGUUGUUGAUAGGUGGUAAUGAAGCAAGACAAAGCGCGAAAGAGAGAGCGAAAGAGAGAGAGCUUCGAGAGGACAAAAGAGAUAGGGUUGAUGAUGCAUUUGUCGCAAGCCGCUAGCCGGUCCAACUAAUACCAAAGACGUUGUGCUUCGGCGAAAGUCCUGGAGGGCGUGAGUAGUGUAAGAGGGCGGAGGCGGCGGGGUGCUGUUGUCGAUAAGAACCUCGUGGCUACUGUCUUGGCCAACGGAGGCGAAAGGCGAUUCCAGCGUUCAUUGGAUAAUAAUUUAUUUACAACACUUUUCGGACAUUCUUUCCGUUCCCCGGGACUGUUCCGUGUGGCUUAAAACUUUUCCAUCAGCCGGCAACUGGCCAACCAUCGGCCAACGAAGGCACAUCACAUGUGUAGCACGCAGGGCACGGGAAGAACAAUUUCAACUCGAUGCUCCGCUGCAUUUGGUCGGAAAAGUUUCCAAUAAAUCCUCUUUCGCUUUCGCAAAGUGAACCCCGCUAGCCCUACCGCCGCGUGUCGAUAGUUUGUUUUCGCGUUUAGCCGCCACUUCGGUUCGUUUAGUAAGGAAAAGAAGCGCGGGAUAGGAUUAGUCGAAGGAUUCGAUGCGAGGUGAUCAGUUCGAACUUGCAAAGCUCCAUUACCAAGGAGCUGAAAGUUGUGAACUUCUUGCCAAGCACUGCGCUGGGUAUUGGCGCAAUGAAAUAAAUGCAGAAGCUAUUCCCCCGAGAUGGUGGAGAAACUUG